UUCUAGCUUGCCUCUUCCUUUUUAUUUUCUAUCCUGUUCCUUGUUUUUUGCUCUCUUCCCCUGUCUUCAAAAGUUUAUGCUCAUUUUGCCUUGUCUGCUGCCCGCUAGUCCUAGUUCGUUCGUUUUGUUUACUCUGACCACGAUCCUUUCUGGAGUCAAGGGAUAGCUAGAUCUUGCUCCUUGCGUCUGCCUUCCCAGUUUGUCGCAAAGGAGCACCGAUACUAGAACUGGAUAGAACCGAUCUUUCUUAUCUAAGUAUUUCGACAUCAUUGCUGCUGUCUAUCUGUUGGACACCUCGACUCGACAUCCAGCCCGCCAUGCGGAGUCCCAGAAUACUCCCAGCGGUUAUCGUUCUCCUCUUGAUGUUUCUGCAGCUUGCAAGGGGCAACCCGCUGCAAUUGGAGGAGAACGAGCAAAACGAUCUCGAGAAACGCUGUGCGAACCCGUGUGGAUAUCAGGGCUGGCUCUGCUGCGGUUCCAACCAAGUAUGCGGCACCACCAGUGACGGAGAGGCCGCCUGUUACGAUUCACAAAUAACCACCACAUCUUCCUACUGGCAGUAUUACACCACUACCUAUCUGACUACUGAGACCGAUGUUUCGACUGUGACUUCGACAUGGAGCAGUCUUUUGACCGCGCCUCCGGCUGCAGCCACCUGCAGGGCCUCGAUUGGAGAAACGGUGUGCGGUGAUAGGUGCUGUGAGGCUGCAUUCGAAUGUGUCAAUGGCGAGUGUGUUCAGGGAAGUUCUUCCGCCGUCUAUCCAACUCCUCCCGUACUGGGCACGAGCAGCGGUUUCUCGACCGUCACGGAGACUGCAGCUCCGACGACCACCGAGCCUUUUAUCGCACCCGUGAAUACAGACGGGGUCCCUGUGACAGGCGCAAAAGCCUCUAACAAUGGAAAACUGAGCGGUGGAGCAAUUGCUGGAAUCGUAAUCGGUAGUCUCGCCGGCCUUGCCCUCCUCCUGCUGCUCCUGUUCCUCUGCAUGCGCGGCCGACGGCGAACGGAGACAACCGUCGUCGAAGAGCAUUAUUCCCAUCAUUCUCAUAGUGGUGGUGGUGGCGGCAUCUUUGGGCGUACAUGGUUUGGUUCCAGACCGACCAGACCGUCAAGGGUCGAUGAAGGGAAGACAUCCAGCGGCUGGGGCAGUCUGGCUACAAUCGGUAUCAUUCUGGGUGCGAUUGCUCUGUGCCUCGGACUGAGGAGACGCGAACGAAACGAGAAGAGCGACUACACCAGUACUACAGGGUACACGUAUGACCAUUAUUCCGAUUACUAUACUAAUACGGCGAGCAGCGAAAGCUCAGACAGACGAACACGACGGUCAAGGCACUCCAGAUCUUCGAGGCCCUCCAGAUCUAGAAGAUCAUGAAUGGCAUGAAUGGCGAUGGGAAAGAAAACGAACAACAACAACAACAACAAUAACAACAAAAGACGACUCGGACGAAGAAGCGAAUACCUUACUGUAUUGUAUCAACGGCUUCACAUGCAUGCUACAUCUACCUGUGCGCUAUGCUCUGGCAUAUAGUCACUCACCCCUAUAUUUUCCACGACCUCCCUUUUCAUAUUCCCCUUGUGCUUGAUGAGACCGUUGUGCGUUUUAUCUUCCUUCUCUCCUGGCGCGAUUUGCAACGAUUGUGAUGUAAAUAGUAUGAGGGACGAAUAUUCAUGGUAGAUAAUGACCCGCAUCAUAAUCCAGAUGCAAUAAUGAACAGAAAUGGAUAAUUCCAAUGCAAGUGUCUUAGUUAAAUAAUAAGAAGAUAUUGUUCUAGUGAGCGUUGGGAGAUGCGAAGGUAUCGCGGAGCUGGUACGCAUUAUUGCCGCAGAGGAAGCAUGGGCGACGAUGAUAUUCUCCUGCAGUCCGGCGUUGGGCAUCCCUGUCUCUUCAGCACGCUGACAUAUGACGAAUAACCGUCUCCCGAAAGAUAGAUAGAU